AUGGAGCAAGCGCCCAGCUUCGAGGAGGAGGUAGUGUCUGAGCAAAAGCAGAGCCCCUUAGAGGAGAAUGAGCGAGCUCGAGAAGAGCUGAGAGCCUUCGAAAGUUUCCUCGACCAAGUGCUUCACGAGGCACGCACGUUUCUUCCGCGAGCUCCUGGCGGCAGCGGCUCGCGAGCGGACCCCAAUUCUCUCGGCUGUUCUUCGUCAGCCCCUUCCUCGUCUUCUACCUGCGCCUCUUCAGCGACUGCCUUCACACGAACCAGAGAGGAAGAGGCGCUUCUUCAUCUCGAGCGCCUUCGGGAAGCCUCAGAAAAGCUGGCGAUGAUUCGCCGGCGAAACUGCUCCGGAAGCGAUGGCGAGGAGCGGAGACGCAAGUUGCAGGCAGCUACGAUAUCUCGCAUGGAGGAGCAGCUGAUUCAGGAGCGCGAUCGACUCGCUGCGCCGAAGAAGACAUUCUCAUUUCGGAAGAAGGCGUCAGAUAAGCCAUCCCGCGCCUCUUCAGCUUUGGCUGCGGCCGGUCAUGACAAGAGAGAGAAAGACCUGGAGGGGAAACCUGACGCAUCAUGCGCCGUGUCAUGCGAGAGAGAAGAGGGCGAAGAAGAGACGCUAGGCCCUCACGUUAUUCUCAUCGAAAAGCGGCAACAGGAAACAAUUAUAUUCGGUCCUGGCGAACUCGGAGGACGAGAACUGUUGCUCCGAGACCUCGAUCAAUGCCUCGUCGUCGUUUCAGAAAAGAUCCCCGCGGCGCGCGUCCGGCGACUCUCCUCUUGCCUUGUCUUUUUUUCGGAGAUCGCAAGCUCGCUGUGGCUCUUCGGAUGUACCAAGUCGCUCUUCGCGUUGAAAACGCAACAGCUGCGAGUCCACGAUAGCUCGGACACUGCGUUUCUCCUCGACAUCUUCUCAUCGCCGAUCAUUGAGCGGACGCGUGGCGCAGUCUUUGGUCCGCAGCUGCUCGAGCUCCGAGUUGCCUCCCCCCGGGGCAACUCUGCCACAGAGGCGAGUGGAGGGGAAAGCGACGCCGAGGAAAACUUGUUAUGGCGAGAUGUUAAGGACUUUGACUGGAUCAAGAAACAGGCCUCUCCGCACUGGGAAGCGCUUCCUCUCUGUCCGCCGUUUGGCUUUUUCCGCGCGCCGCUCGCGCUGCAUGGCGCGAGUUCGGAGACAGCAUCGCGCCUCGUUUUGGAGCGGGACGCGCCCGAGUGGUUUUCGGUUGGAGCCCUACGGGCCGCCGCGUCUGCAUCGGACCUUGCGAAGCGCGCCGCUCGCGAGGCGGUCGCCCGCGCUGCAGAAAGUGUGCCCGCACACGCAGAACAAGACGAAGACGAGAUCUGA